AUGUCAUCGGCAACAUUGCCACGUAUCGGCGUCACCAUCGGCCACGUGGCACAAAAGCUCAAAACCGGUGGAAUUGAGCCGAGUCGUCGUGCACGUCUCGAAGUGUUGCGGCGAAUUGUGACGCGUUGCGUGCGCGAAGAACGUGUCGAACUCAAAUGGAAUCGUGCCGUCGAAGCUCGACCAUAUUUAGAGCGAUUGAUACAAUUGGGUGUUGAAAGAGGUCCGUUGGAUGAGUAUACAGCUGAAAUGAUGGAAUGGUGGCUGCCGGAACGCGAUUUGAUCGUGAAAAUGCAUGAAGUUAUUGUUCCACGAUUCGCUGAGAUUCAAUCGCCUUACACUUCGCUUUAUCGAUUGCCACCCAAACGACUUCAACAAUUUAUUCAGAAUAAACGCGAAUUUUGGAAAAGAUAUGAUAUUGGAAUAUUGGAAAUCGAUAAAAACCCAUUUCCACCGGUUUUGUCGGAAAAUUCAGCGAAAAAUGAGGAAUCGCCAAACCUAUUGAAUCUUCUAUUAACCGAUGCGCUCAAAAAUAAUCUUGAAAAGUAG